CGCCGCAGCUGCUGCUUCGGUCCAUCGCGAAGCGGCCGCAGCUGAGGGCAAUUAUUCUCACGAGAGUGCAGCAGCACACCUUGCUGAUUCACCGCCAGAAGCAGCAGCAGCAGCAGCAGCACGGUGCUCCGCAAGAGCCCGUGUCUCCUUCUGCUGCGCCUGGAGAGCAGCAGCAGCAGCAGCAGGGAGAAGCAAAGGGCACGUCUGCGCUGCAGUUUGUUGCUGCGGAGCCGCAGCCAGAAGACAUCCUUGAAGAAGUGCCGGAUGAGCUGGAGCUGCUGUUUCAGCAGCUGCUGCUGCUGCUGCAGCAAACGCUGCUGCUGUCGUCGCAGCAGGCCCUGCGGCUGCUCGACGCGCUGCUGCUGUCUGCUGCUACUGUUUCGGAGACAGAAACUGCUCUCAAGAGACUCAGAGAGCAGGCAGUGCUCAAGCAGCAGCAGCAGCAGCAGCAGCAGCAGCAGGACGAGCUCUCCCCUGCUGGGCAGCCAAAGGCUGAAGCUGCAGAGAGAGAUACAGCAGCAGCAGAAGUGUCGCCGACGCCGCCACCGCCGCUGCAGCAGCAGCAGCAGCAGCAGCAGCAGCGACUGCACGGAAGUGAGGCUGAAGCCUCCGGCAGCAACAACGCAACAGCAGCAGGUGCAGCAGGAGCUGCUGCUGCUGCAGAGGCAGCAGUUGAAGGUUUCCUGGAGGAGGAAGAGCCGCUGCUGCAGGACAUCUCUGUUGCUGCUGCUCGCGGCGUGUCCGGCGUCCUUGCUGCAGCAGCACUGCUGCAGCGGCGGCAGCAGCUGCAGCGGCUGGAACACCAAAUCUCAAGGCUGCAGCAAGAUGCUUCUGCUUUGGGGAGAAAGAUUGAGUCCUGCGACAUACCCCUUGCUGAGGAUGCAGAUGCAGAAAAGCUCUUUGUACCGCAAAACAUGAGGCUGCGGGCGAGCACCCGGCUGCUGCAGCAAACAGUGCUGCUGCAGAAGCUGAAGGAGCAGCAGCACGAGCUGCUGCCCAAAGCAGCAGCAGAGUCGCUGGAGGGCAUAAAGCUGCUGCAGCAGCAACAGCAGCAGCAAAUGCUUGUCUGGAAGCAGCAGCAGCAAGCAUCGGAUGCUUUCCUCAACAAGCUGCGGAAGCACAUUGAAGCCUCAGCAGAUGGCCUUGUGUCGCGGGCUGUCUCCUUAGAGUCGUGGAGAUCGGAGGCGCAGCAGCGGCUGCAGCAGCUGGAGGAGAGGCGGCUGUCUCUUCAGCGACAGCUGGAGACUUGUCUCGCCGAG